GCCCACUCAACUGCCCUCUGUGUCUUUGCCUCUGUCCUCAAGUACCACCAAUUACGACGCUCAGACAAAGGACAAGUCACUCGUGACAAACAGCCACUUGACUGGAACUGCGGCCCACGACGUCAAUCCUCCCGCCUUCAUUAUUCGCCUCCAGAAUCCUUUCAACAAAGAAAACAACACACCACACACAUUCCCACAACACAAUCAACCCCGACCCCUCUACACCUUGUCAACCCUUUCGGUCGAAAUAGCACAAUCAGAAGAAUUAUUACAGUGUGAUAAGAAAGAGUCAAUAUGCCUAAGAAUAAGGGAAAGGGAGGCAAGAACCGACGUCGUGGAAAGAACGAAAACGACAACGAAAAGCGUGAACUCACGUUCAAAGAAGAAGGUCAAGAAUAUGCGCAGGUCGUCAAGAUGUUGGGCAACGGUCGCCUAGAGGCCCUCUGCUUCGACGGCGAGAAGCGUCUGGCACACAUCCGGGGCAAACUGCGGAAGAAGGUCUGGAUCAACCAGGGAGACAUCAUCCUACUCUCGCUGCGAGACUACCAGGAUGAAAAGGGAGAUGUCAUCCUGAAAUACUCGGCCGACGAGGCCCGAUCCCUCAAGGCCUACGGCGAACUACCCGAGACGGCCAAGAUCAACGAGACCGACACCUACGGCCACGAAGGUGUGGAUGACAAUGUCGAAUUCGACGAGGACAGGAGCAGUGAUUCGGACAAGGACGUUGACAUUGAUGACAUUUGAAGAGAAACCGCAACACCGAAACGGCAAUGUUGUAAUACGGCAUUGCGUCGUGUGCGUUUGCAAGCGUCUGCAUUGUUCUGUUGCUUCACGGAGAGGGUUGUUUUUCGCUUACAUGGGAUCAUGUCAUGCUUCUGCUACGCUUCGCCAUGCUUAGAACUCGGAAGGAGGCGCGCACACAGACACUGACUGCUCUGGUUUGAAUGCAAGGCCCUUUUUCCAAGGCUCAGUGGCCCAAAGCCAGACAGGUACUGCAGUGUGCUAGCUUUCGAACCAGACCACAUAUGAUCAUGAACGGGGGAGUUUUUUUUGUAUUAGAGUACCUACGUAACGACGUUUUGGAGGAACUGAAGAUCCAAACCACAACAGCAUCCGACAAAACAUUACUAUGCCGAUAACCAAAUCAGAUUUUCUUCCCUACGA